AUGCCCGACCCCAAUCUCGCCUCCAUGGCGAAGAUCGCUCGUCACGAUGACGUCUACCCCCCCGCCGAGGACUCCUUCCUCCUCGUCGACGCCCUGAGCUCGCUGUGGAACACCUCGCUGCGAGCGCGCAAACCUUCGCUGUGCGUGGAGAUCGGUACCGGGAGCGGCUACGUCGCGUGCUCCAACGCCCUGCUCGCCCGAGGGCACGGAUGCGGGGAAAUCACCACGACGCGGGCGUCCGACGUGAACGCGCGAGCGGUGGAGACGUGCGCGGCGACGCUGCGAGCGCACGGCGUGGACGCGCGCGCGUGCGUCGUCGCGCGAGGGGAUUUAUUAGAGCCGCAUCGCGACGCGAUCGAGGCGCGAGGAGGCAUCGAUGUCCUGCUGUUUAAUCCACCGUACGUGGUGACGCCGAGCGAGGAGGUGGGACGAGACGGAAUCGCCAGCGCGUGGGCCGGCGGCGUCGACGGGCGAGAGGUGUUGGACCGGUUGUUACCAGACGUGCGCGACGCCCUGGCGCCGGGAGGGAUAUUUUUGUGCGUCCUCAUCGAGCAGAAUAAGCCGCGAGAGAUUAUGGCGAUGAUGGAGGCGAUGGGUCUGCGAAGCGCCAUCGUCAGCGAGUGUCGAGCGGAUGAGGAGAGGCUCUACGUCAUGCGUUGCGAUAAACCGCGCUGA